CGGCUGAGGCGGGAAUUGCGGUGCUGGCGGUGGAGCUGGGGGCGAGCGGCGGCCGGUGGGUUCUGCAGGUGACGACUGAAUGCCAUGAGUUCAAAUAUUUUCCUCUGAUUUGCUGUUUACUGGGCCAAAGUGAGGGAUGGCUACGGAAGCCAAGUACAGCAUCGUUCAAGAAGUGGGCCGAGGGAGCUAUGGGGUGGUUUAUGAGGCCAUCGUUAACCAAACUAGAAGCAAAGUAGCUGUAAAAAGGAUGCACUGUAACGUGCCUGAAAACGUAGAACUGGCUCUGCAAGAGUUCUGGGCCCUGCAGAGCAUCCAGAGGCAACAUGAAAACGUGAUCCAGUUGGAGGAGUGUAUCCUGCAGAACGGCCAAGUCUUUCAGCCAAUUAGUCACCGUUACAGGAAAUCGGACAGCCAUUUGCUGCUGAUUGAGACCUGCCUGAAAGGACGGAGGUGCAUGGAUCCCAAAUCGGCCUGCUUUCUGUGGUUUGUGAUGGAGUUUUGUGAUGGUGGCAACAUGAACGAAUACCUGCUGUCUCGCAGCCCCGAUGCUCAGAUGAAUAACAGCUUCAUGCGGCAGCUCAGCAGCGCCGUGGCUUUCCUGCACAGAAACCAGAUAGUGCAUAGAGACCUGAAAUCCGACAAUAUUUUGAUUUCUCAUAGACGUGGAAGUCCCAUAGUAAAGGUAGCAGAUUUUGGCCUCAGCAAGGUGUGUCAGGGGAAAGGGAAUGUGAACCAGCAUCGCUUCUCCUCUGCGUGUGGGUCAAACUUCUACAUGGCUCCGGAAGUAUGGGAAGGUCACUACACUGCCAAGGCUGACAUAUUUGCCCUGGGGAUCAUUUUCUGGGCGAUGGUCGAGAGGAUCACCUUCCGAGAUGGGGAUACCGAGAAGGAAUUGCUCGGAACUUACAUCUGCCAAGGCAAGGAGCUUAUUCCCCUCGGAGAAGCAUUGCUGGAGAAUCCCAACAUGAAAUUACAAAUUCCCCUGAAGAACAAGAAGUCCAUGCCGGAUGAUCUCUGCAAGCUCCUGCACGAUAUGUUGGCUUUUAACCCAAAGGAAAGACUGGAUGCCUUCCAGUUGGAAGUCCGAAUCAGGCAAAUCUCCUACGGCAAAAAACGUCAACGCUCCGUCUCAUAGAGAUGAAGGACGUUCAGGUAUCAUGUCCCACUGUGAUCUGGAGGUGGUGAACAACUCUGCCUUCCUUUGGAUGAGUGGGUUGAUCAGAAGACUGCUGCCGGCUUCCAGUUUUCCCGAACGGUUAUAUUUAAAUGGACAAUAACUUUAUUUAUUUGUACAGUAAUUUUAAGAGGAGAACUACAAAAAAGAAAUAUCUAUUUUUAUGCAAACCUUCGGUGUUUUUAUUUUUGUUGGUUUUUUUUUUUUUAUGCAGUGGGUAGCAUAGGUGAAAACUUGGCUGAGGUAACCUUGACCAUCCGGCCAUACUCAGCACGGUCGUGGAGGAGUUUCUGAACUUGUUCUUUUUAAAGCAACCCCUGUGUGUCCUUUCGGUGCCGUGACUGCCCUUUCAAAGGAUGGCAAAGAAACCAUCUGGAGACGGGCUUCUCUGCCCUGUUGCAUGUUGACUGCUGUUCCAGCCCUGGCUUCUCACUGGCAAUUCCACGUCGCUCGUCCUUGGCACAGAAGUUGUCUCUAGGAGCUUUAAUUGGAGCUUUUUUUUUUCUUUUUGUGUGUGUGUGUAACUCUUCCCUUCGUGUUGCUUGGCCACGUAACUGAGUGAUGUCUGCUGAAUGAGCUGGCAAAGUGUUCAGUGUUUAUUCUGAAAAGUUUGAGCAGAAACAAAAAUGUAUUUUCUUCACAGUAGCUUUUGAAUAUUCUUGCUUAGAUUAACUAAAAUGCUUUCUUAAAAUAAAUACAAAGAAUGUUAAAGAUGCCAAUUCUUGAUUAGAACGUAUGCGUCACUAACACUUAAAGUAGUUUAAGGAAUCAUGCUUCCUGCUGUGUUAGCUGCUUGUGCCAGCUGUUCGUACAAGGGAAAUGAAAAGGACUGAACUGGAAUCUUGUCAGGUAAAUGGGGAGUCUGAUUUGCACCCUGUUUGAAAAAUAUUUUAAUGUAUCUGUAAACUAUUGCUGAUCUUUGCUUUUCUUAAGGAGCUGGGGGCGCCUGGCAAAGGUUCCUGCCUUGCUCUGCUGUUGCACGGAGGUGAAAUAGUGUCCUUCAGGGACAGCUUCCUUUUGUAGGAAAGGAAUAAACUGCCAAAAGAAAGAUAACAUGGUGAGCCCCUCCGUGCCACCUCUGCCAGACAGAGGACAGAAAUACAUCUGUUUCUGUUAGGAACAGAUUAUCUAUUUCUAUCCCCUGUCCUCCCUCCGAAGAUUGUGGCUGCAAUAUGGAAGACUCAAUUACAAGCAGUGUGUCAUAAGCUAAAUUCAUGGAGAGGAUCUUCCUGCUGUGACUUUAUCCAGGGGCUCUACCAACCCUCCGUGGGGAUGUAUAACAUUUUUUUUCACCUGCUCCUUCAGGCUGUAAAAGACGUUUGUCCUGCACAAAUAAGCAUUGAUUGACCUUGGUCCCUGUAACAGGCAACAAACGGGCGACCCGAUAGGAGUGGUCCCUGAAAAAGAGCUGUUGUGGGAACAGACGAAAAAUAAGUUAAUUCAAACCAUUACGUUAAACUUGACUUUUGAAUUUAGAGUGCUUGUUUGCAGCAAUGAUUGACACGGUUGCUUUGAGGCUCGUUCAGCUCCUGGCACCCCGGUGCAGACGGCCCGUACGGGGACUGGAAAGGGUGAUCUGGAUCUUUUGUUACGAUGAGCCACGGCAGCCCCGUCCUGGAGAGCACCUCUGGCUUCUGGCAGGAGACAGGUCUGGCUUUGCAGCUCUACCCCUGCAGCCCAGCCCAGUCUUACCUAAUUCUGGCUGUUGCCUUGAUUUCUAACUCAUCUUGGAGUCCAUCUGAAGGACUGUAUGCUGGGUUUUCCUUUCCGCACCUUUCAGUUAUAAAUAUUACUCUGCUUUGCCUUUCUGAACUAAGAUUUCUUCAUCCUCCUCUUCCUAAUCCUGCAGGCACUACUACUCUAUUGCCUGCUUUCUGCCACCUCUCCUCAGAGCAUGCUGGCCGCCUUCCAGGGCUGUUUUUAGUUGAGACCAGGGCCAUUUUUCUGGAAUACAUAUAGGUCUGCACGCCCUCGCAACACGUGAGAACGUUGCAAGGCACGAGAAUGGCUGGUUUUUACUCAUUUUCUUCCUUGUUUUGCCAUGCUAGGCGAGUAGCCUCACAGCUGCUAGAUAUUUUUAGCUAGUCUGUACGUAUGCUUUAAUUGCUUGAAACUCUGUACUUUAUAAAUUAAUAAAAUGCUGUGUUUUUUUUUACUAAUGCA